AUGUCUAUAAGGAUCAGAGUCCCAAAUGCGAAGCUGGGUGUACCCGACCUUCUUCUUGAGGUGGAUAGACCGGGUGACAACGUCGCCUUGUGGAUAUUAGAGGUCGGCUUUUUGCAGACAGACAAGGACCUCAUGAAGAGACCAUACAGGAGGCCAAAGGAUACAUUGGAGUUGGUGAUCACGAUGAAGGGGCGAGAUGUGUUGACGAAGAGGGAGUGGAAGGUUAUGUUGGACAAUCCAGCCUUUGGGUCAGUUAUGUCCUCGGCACCACAUCCCUGGGUCAUGCCCUUGACCAUCAAGGUCAAGGCCUGGCUCUGUCACUCAGAUGGAGAGUUCUCUCUCAAUGAAAUGAACAGCAGUUCCUAUUAUGUGUGUGCAGAAAUUUGUCCAACCAGGGACUCCACCGAGAUCGCCCAUCUCAAUUCAGUGUUCCGCCAAGCCAUGAAAUUCAUACAUGACAAAACCACCAGCUACGUGCAGGAGCAUUGUGAGCUCGACGAGGAGAAUAUCAUUGCCAUGUGCAAAUGGAUACCUCCAGAUCCUCUAUUUGACUGGGACAAGGUCAUGAAUCAUGUUUGCAAGGGAGUGAUGCAUGAUGGGUUUGACCGGUACAGUGACUGGCAUGAGGAUCUAAAUUACUAA